CGAUCAUUUCUCUUGUUUAAGUCUACAAUUACUUCAUUUGCUUUCUCUUGCCAGAGCUGAUCACUCACCUGCUGAAUAAUAUCUCAUAAACAAAUCCUAUAUGAUUUUCAUGCCAAGCAGGCAGAAUCUUAAGCCCAGCAAACUAGGCACGACGGAGACAUAUACGUAUAUGUUGCUGUGAAGAUUAUCUAGAUACUGGACAGUCUAAUAUGCUGAGAUCUUAUUGCAGGAUAUUAUGAUCUGAAUUCUAGUAAUACCAUCAUAUUUACAUAUAUUGUACACUUUGCUUUCAACUACAAGGAUUCAAGUAGUCAAGAGCAAAGAAGAAGUAAACAUGUUUGGUUUCUUUUUCUCGGCCCUUAAGAAAGUAUAUCAUUUAUUCCGGAAGGUUUUUGGUAAUCGUCAGCAGUCAUUGCCUUCGACAAAACAAGACCUUAAGGAUCCUCAGAAAUAUCAUCUCCGUCAGCAGUUAUUGCCUUCGACGAAACAAGACCUUAAGGAUCCUGACACAUAUCAUCUUCUUCAGCAGUCAUUGCCUUCGACAAAACAAGACCUUAAGGACCCUGAGAAAUAUCAUCUUUGUCAGCAGUCAUUGCCUUCGACAAAACAAGACCUUAAGGAUCCUCAGAAAUAUCAUCAUUGUCAGCAGUCAUUGCCUUCGACGAAACAAGACCUUAAGGAUCCUCACAAAUAUCAUCACAAUGCUUUUUCGUUUUCAAGAAUUAAAUCACCUGAUUCAUUCCCCAGUGCUCAAAAUGCUCCAACAACUCAGCGUCAGACCUUGCCCUCCCCGGUUUACAAUCAACCGAAAGAUACCCUACCUAGAGUUACACUGAAAGUUGAUUCAGGAAUUAACACUAGAAAAACACCAUAUGCACCAAUUGAAACUCAUAGUGCAUUACCAGGUUCCGCAAAAUCUCCUGCAGUGUUAAAUAAGCCUGUUUUGUGUCACGCUGCACCUGGCUCCACAUCGCACCUGACAAAGAGUACAUAUAAUAUUGUGGAGGAAGGUUCCACUCCCCUUUAUGAAAUUCCGGAAGACAUCAAAACUCUGAUCAAACGAGAUAUUGUGCCGCCAGUUCUGAAGAAGCCAUUGUCUCCACAAACUUACAAGGAUUACUUUGCAGCAUUGCUUUAUGCUGAGGACUAUUACCUCGAGAAAUGGGACGGGUUUGAGAUGAAGGAUGUAACUCUAAGGCUGCAUGAAGCAGAAAUAUAUGAAAGGAAAGGCAAGUAUAAACAAAGUAGCGGUGUUAAAAAAGAUGAUAAAAUUUUUGUGGAAUUUGAGAUAAGUGCCAUUCCUGAGAAGCGGCCAUUUCUUCUAUCCCGGGACUUUGCCUCUGUACGGCCUUCUGGCAGAAACAUUGAUCCAUUUCAGGGCAUCAUCUUUCGAGUGGUGAAGAGUAACAUUGUGCUAGUUGAAUUUGGAGACGAUUUCCAUGCCCAGCAUUACUCGUCCUGCAAAUACGAUGUCAAGUUCUCAUUCAACAGAGUCUGUCUAAAGAGGGCUCAUCAAUCAAUUGCAUCAGCAUCCGAUAUGUUGUUCAAGAAGUUCCUCUUUCCCAACUGCCAGCCCAAAUAUAGCUCUCACUAUUCUACUGCUAUCACCCGAAUUAUAAACAUCACCGACUCACAUCCAUAUCUUCUAGAGGGCUCACUGUCAAUAACCCGUAACAAUCAAUUGUCAGGAACCGGAACUCUGGUUAGAGACACAGUAGUCCAAUUAUGUCAGACCUCUUCCCUCAACAGAGUCCUCAUAUGUGCACCUUUGAAUAGCACCUGUGACGUUUUCAUGCGAAGCCUACAAAGAGAAUUUAGCGAUUCUGAGAUAUUCCGGGCCAAUGCUGCCUUCAGAGAGGUCGACGGUGUCCCUGACGACAUCCUCCCUUUCUGUCCCUACAAACAGAAAGAAGAGGUCUUUACUUGUCCAUCACUUCCACAACUCCUGAAAUUCAAAGUAAUUUUAUCGACGUUCAUGAGUAGCUUCAGGCUGCAUAGUAAUGGCAUAGAAGGCGGGCAUUUUACGCAUGUAAUCCUGGUUGAUGCAAGCUCAGCAACUGAGCCAGAGAUCAUGGUGCCUUUGACAAACCUGACAAGUGUAUCAACAAAGGUCCUGGUAACUGGUUCCCCUGGAAACCAGUCUCGUUGGGUCCGGUCCGACAUUGCCAGGCAUAAUGGAUUGAGGACAUCGUAUUUCGAGAGACUGAGGAAGAGCAAUUUCUACAGGGAGCUCAAUCCAGAAUUUAUAACACAACUAGAAGAUGAUUCUGGUUUUCCAGCUACAUCAUACUUCAGGUAAGCUUUUUAUUUAUAUUUGUAAACCGGAAGAUGUUUGGAUUUGCUUGUCGCGAUAAAUUCGCUUUCUGUGUGAAAGUUCUUGAGCUAAUUAUGCAUGUUUGUAAUUUGUAAGUGUGAACAAUUUUGUUAUCACUCAGCUUUGUAAUAAUCUUCUUUCUCAAGAAAAUGAACACUCCAGGAGAAUUCCCCUGA